GCCAAGCCAGAAACAAUCACCACCAACACCAGUCAAGCCUAAAAUCAUUUUCAAAUGCAAGAUUGUCGCCUAACUCCGCAGUCCAGCCGAACUCACACAAGCGAGAGUCAGAGUCAGACAAAACCAGCACAAUGCCGCCAUUGAAGCCUAUUCGCUGAUUUUAGCACCUUUACUUGUAGACAGUUUCUCUCUGUUAUAUGCAUGUCUGCAAUUCUCAGAGUUUGUCAGAUGAUGGGCAUCGCUAGCAAAAACCCAGGUUUCAAGUUCCAUCUUUUCUCCUUCCUCUUCACUUUCUCCUCUCUUGCUCUGUUUUGCUCUGCUGCCAGUUCAAUUACUCAAGGCCGAUCUUUAAGCGAUGGAGAGACUCUUAUUUCUGACGGCGAAAAGUUUGAACUGGGAUUCUUCAGCCCGGAGAACUCAUCGUUCCGGUACGUUGGGAUUUGGUAUUACAACAUUUCAACUUCAGAGCCAUCAGUCAUAUGGGUUGCAAACAGAGAGAGGCCAAUUUUUGAUAAAACUGGGAUCUUGAAAAUUGGAAGCGAUGGGAAUGUGGUGGUUUUAGAUGGAAAUAACACCGCAGUCUGGUCUAGCAAUGCUUCAGCCUCCUCUCACUCCACAGCCAUACUCAAUGAUGAAGGAAAUCUUGUUCUUUCAAGCAGCGGCGAUACCAGCAAGGAGUAUUGGCAGAGCUUUGGUGACCCAACAAAUACAUUUUUGCCUGGCAUGAAAGUUGAGGUGAAUUCUGCAAUUGGAGAGAACAGGUUUUUGACUUCGUGGAAGUCAGAAAAUGAUCCAUCUCCAGGAGCGUAUUCGAUGGGGGUUGAUCCACGCGGAUCACCACAGAUAGUGAUAUGGGAAGGAUCAAAUAGGCGGUGGAGAAGUGGCCAUUGGAACAAGCAGUUGUUUAUUGGCGUUCCAAAUAUGCCAACUACAUACUCAUAUGGUUUUAAACUUAGUGAUGAGAAUGGGAAUGGAAGCAUGUAUUUUACUUACACACCAUGGAAUGUUUCGGAUAAGUUGAGGUUUCAGAUAAGGUGGGACGGGUAUGAAGAGCAGCUUAGGUGGGUGGGAGAUAAAAACCAGUGGGAAGUGAUACAGUCUCAGCCUAACAAGUCCAAUGACUGUGAGCUUUACAACAGGUGUGGCAAGUUUGGGGUCUGUAGUGCAUCGCAUGGUUCGGGUUCGGAGUGUAGUUGUAUGCAUGGAUUUCAACCAACGGAUUGGGAUCAAUGGAUUAGGAGAAAUUGGUCAGAUGGGUGUUCUAGGAAGACCCUGUUACAGUGUCAUAGAAAUAGAACAAUUGGAACAGAGGAAAAUGAUGAAGAAGAUGGGUUUGUAGGUCUAAGGUGUGCCAAGUUGCCUGAUUUUGCAGACUUAGUUGUUCCCGGUUCAGAUGAGAAUUGUGAGGAGAUUUGUCUUAAGAAUUGUUCUUGUACUGCAUAUGCAUUUGUUCAAGGGAUUGGUUGUAUGAUAUGGACCGAGGACUUGCUGGAUGUCCAAAAAUUUACAAAGGGGGGAAAUACGUUGAAUAUUCGUCUUGCGCAUUCUGAUUUAGGUGGCAAGAAAAAAUUAUCCACCCUUGUGAUAAUAGUAAUUUCUGUAGCGGGAGCACUGUUCUUAGUCAUCUUCAUGUUGCUAUUAUGGAGGUUUAAAGCAAAACUGAAAGUGUUGCCUACCACUUCUUCCAUUUCAUGGUUGAGGAACAAAGAUCCACCAAUGCUCGAUGCUAGCAAGAGCAAUGAAUUCUCAACAGAUGUUUCAGGGUCAAUUGACCUUUUUGCAGAAGGGAAUCAAGUAAAUGGAUCUGAGUUACCAUUGUUCAAUUUCGCUUGUGUAGCAGCUGCUACAAACAACUUUUCUGAAGAAAACAAGCUUGGGAAGGGGGGUUUUGGUACCGUCUACAAGGGCAACCUUCCAGGGCUACAAGAAGUAGCUAUAAAAAGACUUUCGAGAAGGUCUGGCCAAGGCUUGGAGGAGUUUAAAAAUGAGAUUAGUCUGAUUGCUAAGUUACAACACAGGAAUCUUGUUAGACUAUUAGGAUGCUGCAUUCAAGGAGAAGAAAAGAUGCUGCUUUAUGAAUACAUGCCAAACAAAAGCUUGGAUUUCUUUCUUUUCGAUCCGUCCAAGCAAGCACUAUUGGAUUGGAGAAGACGCUUUGCAAUUAUUGAAGGGAUUGCAAGAGGGCUCCUUUAUCUCCAUAGAGAUUCCAGACUUAGAAUAAUUCAUCGAGACUUAAAAGCUAGCAACAUUUUGCUAGAUGCAGAUAUGAUUCCCAAAAUUUCAGACUUUGGUAUGGCAAGAAUAUUCGGGGGGAACCAAAAUGAAGCAAAUACAAAUAGAGUUGUUGGAACAUAUGGUUAUAUGUCACCUGAAUAUGCAAUGGAAGGUCUGUUUUCUGUAAAGUCAGAUGUCUACAGCUUUGGGGUACUGUUGCUAGAGAUUGUGAGUGGCCGGAGGAACACUAGUUUACGCUCAUCAGAACACUUAAGCCUCAUUGGAUUUGCAUGGCAUCUUUGGAAUGAGAAUAGAGCAGUGGACCUCAUUGAUCCAUCCAUUGCAGAAACAUGUUCCCAAAAUCAAGCUGAAUUAUUGCGAUGCAUACAAGUAGGGCUAUUGUGUGUGCAAGACUCUGCAAUUUCUAGACCAACUAUGCCGUCCGUGGUGUUAAUGUUGGAGAGUGAAACUGCAAAUCUUCAAGUGCCAAUACAACCUAUAUUUACUUCAAUUAGGAGAUAUGUGGAUACAAAAUUUAGUACAGACGGCCAGGAUUUAGCAUCCUCAAAUGAUGUCACAAUUACAAUGGUAGAUGGGAGGGCACCUCAAGAAUCAAAUCUGUUAUACAUUGGUCUAAUUGAAACAUCCCAUGCCCUCAAUACAUCCAACUCCAAGUUUCCUAAUGUGCUUCAUAUUGUCCAUGUUGAUGAUGCAGCUGAAACUAUUGCUAGUGCUUUAAAUUCUUCCAUGUUUUUCCUAUUCUUCUUCAGCUUGCUUCUGUCACAGCACCAUUGUGCUGAAGUUUAUGACAUAACUCCUUCACAACCAUUAUCACAGGGACAAAACCUUGUCUCUCCUGGCCACAUUUUUGAACUGGGUUUCUUCAGUCCUAAUAACUCGGCUAAUAAGUAUGUGGGGAUAUGGCAUAAGGAUAUAUUUCCUCGUAAAGUUGUAUGGGUGGCCAACAGAGAAAAUCCUAUUGCAGCUUCAGACACCUUGGCUAGUUUGACAAUUAGCAGCAGUGGGAAUUUGGAGCUUGUAGAUGGCAAACAGAAUUCUGUUUGGUCAACCAAUAUUUCAGUGCCAUCUAAUACUUCAGCUGCAGUUCUUUCAGACACUGGAAACUUUGUUGUCAAAGAUGAUGGUAUAGCAGCUGCUGAUCCAUUGUGGCAGAGUUUUGAUCAUCCUAGAGAUACAAUUCUACCAGGCAUGGUGGUUGGAUUUGAUACUAAAUCUGGGAAGAAGAAUUUAUUGACUGCAUGGAAAAGUGAGGGUGAUCCAUCAGCUGGGAUAUUCUCUGUUGGACUUGGACCCCAGACUCCAUCACAAGUGUUCAUUUGGAUUAAUGAAUCAACUCCCUACUGGAAAUCUGGGCCAUGGGAUAAAUCUAAGUUCAUUGGUGUACCAGAAAUGGAUGAUCGAUAUCUAAGUGGAUUUACUCUAGUUGAGGACGUGCAGCAGGGAACAAAGUACUUUUCUUAUAAGUUAUUUGACAGUACUCUCUCAUAUAUAGACCUCUCUUAUGAAGGAGUACUUACGUUUAUGGUUUCAGACAAUGGCAGCAACUGGUUUCGUAACUGGGAGGCACCAACGAAUCCGUGUGAAAUUUAUGGAACAUGUGGACUUUUUGGGGUUUGCAAAGCUUCCAAAUCUCCAACUCCGACUUGCAAGUGUUUGAAAGGUUUUGCACCCAAGUCACCUGAGGAAUGGAGCAAUGGAAACAGGACAGGAGGGUGUGUGAGGCAAACCAAAUUGUUUUGUAACACCAGUAAUUCAGUUGUUUCAAGUGGAAAAGAAGAUGGGUUUCAGCAGGUGGACAGGUUAAACGUGCCAGAUUUUCAUGAGUAUAUUGCAGAUAUGGAUGUUGAUGAGUGCAAGAUAGAAUGCCUAAAGAAUUGUUCUUGUCUGGCUUAUGCAUAUGUUACUAAUAUAGGGUGUUUGGUCUGGUCCAAAGACCUUAUUGAUAUACAAGACUUUGCCCCUGGCGGAUCAGAGCUUUUUAUUCGCCUAGCUCAUGGAGAAUUAGGUGAAGGAAAGCCAAUAAAGUUAAUUGUUAGCCUCACAGCCAUUUGCUUUAUCGUUAUCUUGGGUGCCAUCGUCUUCUGUGUGCACAGGUUGCGAGCGAAACAAAGGGGAAAAAUCAAAGUUAAAACAAAGUUCUUUCAAUUCUCUGAUGUGAAUGAGAAUUCAAGAGAGAAUCUUCAAGAGUAUAUAAGAAAACAUGAUCCAUCAGAGCUAUUCAUCUAUGAUUUUGACAGCAUAUUAAUUGCAACAAACAAUUUCAGCACCACAAACAAACUAGGGGAAGGAGGAUUUGGCCCUGUUUACAAGGGUAAGCUACAAGAAGGGAAGGAAAUAGCAGUUAAAAGACUAUCAAGUAGCUCAGGGCAAGGCAUACAAGAGUUCAAGAGUGAGAUGCUGUUGAUAUCCAAACUCCAACAUAAAAAUCUUGUUAGGAUCAUGGGAUGCUGCGUCCAAGAGGACGAGAAGUUACUGAUUUAUGAGUUCAUGCCAAACAGAAGCUUGGAUACUCUUCUAUUCGAUCCAGUGCGGCGACCUGAGCUUGAUUGGGGCAGACGCUUCAAUAUUAUUCAGGGUGUUGCUAGAGGGCUUCUCUAUCUCCACCAUGAUUCUUGUUUGAAGGUAAUACAUAGAGAUUUGAAGGUCAGUAACAUUCUCUUGGAUGAGGACAUGAACCCAAAAAUUUCAGAUUUUGGAUUGGCACGUAUCAUUCAAGGGACACAGAAUCUAACGAAUACUCAGAAGGUUGUGGGAACACUGGGCUACAUGUCUCCGGAAUAUGCCAUGGGAGGGAUAUUUUCUGAAAAAUCUGAUGUAUAUAGCUUUGGGGUCUUGCUAUUGGAGAUUAUUGGUGGCAUGAAGAAUACCAGCUUCAGUUACUGUGACCAACAGCUAGGCUUCCUAGCUUAUGCAUGGCACUCAUGGAAUGAAGGCAGGGGAUUGGAGUUGGUUGAUAAAGUAUUGGCUGAUUCAUCUUCCUCAUCAGAAGUAAUGAGAUGUGUGCAUAUUGGACUUCUUUGCGUACAAGACAAUGCUGCAGAUAGGCCAAUCAUGCCAGAUGUAGUUUUCAUGCUAAGUAGUGAGACAGAUCUUCCACAACCUAAACGGCCUAUAUUUACCUUCCAAAACUCAGUCUCUGAUCCUCAGCCAAAGUAUGACAAUAUUUUCUCCACAAAUGAAGCUACGAUAACAAUGAUUGAAGGACGGUAAGGUAAGAAAUAGAAAAUUGUUACAUCAAAUGCAAUGAGCAUUCUGAAGUGUUCUUACACAUAUAGAAGGUUUUCUUUUCGGUGUACAAAACAACCCCUUUUUUCUUGGGACCGUAAAUGAAGGUUUUCCCAAAAGCAGAGACUAGCUUGGUCCUUGAUUGUGUACAUUGUUACUCUUGGUAAUCCUUGGUUGUAACUAUUGUUUACUUCUCUACCAACGAGAUUUUCCAUGUUAAAUCUUUCUCACAAA